UUCCCACCAGUCGUCUGCCUCGUUCCCCAUGCCCACGCUUUGCUAGUCUCCUCUGCUCCGCUUGUCCUCCUCGCUCGCUGAGGCUUUUAACUCUGCAUUCGCGUGGAAAGUCUUCGCAGUCCGCUCCCGAGGCUUAUGAACAUCGCCUCUCGGGCUCACUUGACGUCUCCAGUCGGACGGUGUUUUUGUGUAUGCUGUUGCGUCUUUGGGAGAGCUUUCGAGCGAGGUGAGAAGUGGAUAGUGUGGUGCAAUACGGAGGGAAUUAGACGGGGAGGACAUCGGGUUUUGGUGGUUUGAGAGCUGCAGGGGAAAGCGUUGUUGCGGAGUACAAAUGAGUCAAUGCGGAGUUGUUCUUUCAUGCAGUUGAGCUUCUUCUUUGCUUUUCUUUUUUCCUUCUUGAAGGAAAUUCGGUGAAUGUAGCGGUUGAAGAUUUGGUGCAGCGUUGAGGCCUGUGGUUGUGAAUCUUGUCUAUUUUCUGGCACUCAGGGAAGGGCUAGGCUUGUAGGAUUUAAGCGGAAGGAUUUGAAGGGUCCGGAGCUUGUUGUUUACACGGUCCCGUGAAGAGAAGACGAUUUGAGCGCCAUGGCGACUGGACAGUUGUUCUCUCGCACAACGCAGGCCUUGUUUUAUAACUACAAGCAGAGUCCGGUGCAGCGCAUGCUUGAUUUCGAUUUCCUUUGCGGAAGGGAGACGCCAUCUGUGGCUGGUGUGAUCAACCCAGGAUCUGAUGGUUUUCAGAAGCUCUUUUUCGGGCAAGAGGAGAUCGCUGUACCUGUCCAUGGCAGCAUUCCAUCUGCGUGCAAAGUUCAUCCAACGGCAGAUGUUUUCAUCAACUUUGCAUCUUUUCGCAGUGCUUAUGCUUCAUCCAUGGAAGCUCUCAAGCAGUCAACAAUCAGAGUGGUUGCAAUCAUUGCUGAGGGAGUUCCUGAAGCGGAUGCCAAGAGACUCAUCGCUUAUGCUCGUGCAAACAACAAGGUCGUCAUUGGCCCAGCCACUGUAGGAGGUAUACAGGCUGGUGCAUUCAAAAUUGGUGAUACUGCAGGCACGUUGGACAAUAUCAUUCACUGCAAGCUUUAUAGACCUGGAUCUGUUGGGUUUGUGUCUAAAUCAGGGGGUAUGUCAAAUGAGAUGUACAAUGUUCUUGCUCGUGUUACUGACGGCCUCUACGAAGGCAUUGCCAUUGGUGGUGAUGUCUAUCCUGGGUCAACGCUUUCGGAUCAUGUUUUGCGCUUCAACAACAUUCCACAGAUCAAGAUGAUUGUUGUCUUGGGAGAGUUGGGAGGAAAGGAUGAAUACUCCCUAGUUGAUGCUUUAAAGGAAAAGAAGGUCAGCAAGCCAGUUGUGGCUUGGGUUAGUGGCACAUGUGCUCGACUUUUCAAGUCUGAGGUUCAAUUUGGCCAUGCUGGCGCAAAGAGUGGUGGAGAUGAGGAGUCUGCUCAAGCCAAAAACAAAGCUUUGGCUGAUGCUGGAGCUAUCGUGCCUACUUCUUUUGAGGGUUUGGAAGCUGUAGUCAAAGCUACGUAUGACUCAAUGGUUGAGAAGAGCGUCAUCAUCCCAGUGAAGGAUUUCAUACCUCCCACUGUCCCAGAGGACCUAAAUGCAGCCAUCAAGAGUGGAAAAGUGCGGGCACCUACACACAUUGUGUCUACUAUUUGUGAUGAUAGAGGUGAAGAGCCAACAUAUGCCGGCGUGGCAAUGUCCACGAUUAUUGAGAAGGAUUACUGCGUUGGUGACGUUAUUUCACUGCUUUGGUUCAGGCGUAGUUUGCCUCGCUACUGUACUAAGUUCAUCGAGAUGUGCAUAAUGCUCUGUGCAGAUCAUGGCCCUGCUGUGUCUGGAGCACACAACACUAUUGUCACUGCUCGUGCAGGAAAGGACUUGGUAUCAAGUCUUGUGUCUGGUCUUCUCACAAUUGGCCCUCGUUUUGGUGGAGCUAUUGAUGAUGCUGCUCGCUAUUUUAGAGAAGCCCAUGACAACGGAUUAUCGCCUUACGCAUUUGUGGAAAGCAUGAAGAAGAAGGGUAUCCGUGUUCCUGGAAUUGGCCACAGGAUCAAGAGUCGAGAUAACAGAGAUAAGAGAGUGGAGCUUUUGCAAAAGUACGCACGCACGCAAUUCCCAAAUGUGAAGUACAUGGAAUAUGCUGUGACGGUGGAGUCUUACACAUUGACGAAAGCGAACAACCUCGUGCUCAAUGUUGAUGGGUGCAUUGGAGCCCUUUUCUUAGACCUGUUGUCUAGUUGUGCAAUGUUCUCUAAGCAAGAAAUUGACGAAAUUAUCCAGAUCGGUUACCUUAAUGGGCUUUUUGUUUUAGCAAGAAGCAUCGGCUUGAUUGGACAUACAUUCGACCAGAAGCGUCUGAAGCAGCCUCUGUACCGGCACCCAUGGGAGGAUGUGUUGUACACCAAGUACACAUAAAUUCAUAACACGAUCUAGUAGAGGAUCUAAAUCUUAUUAGAGUGAUUCUUGGUCGGCUACAAUUUUAGUGGCUGAUCUUGUGGAAACACCAUUUAGCUGUAGCAAUGCACAAAAUAUUUGAGAUCACAUAAUGUACCUACUUUUUCAGAGCUUCGUAUGUACCUGCUCGAUAAAUUCCAUCACCUGGGUACAGGAACCUGCCUUCCGCAACAAACUAUUAUUUUUUUGCCACA